GCCUCCCUUUGAAUUUUCGUCUGCUUCGUUAGCACGGAAGUUUUUGGUGCAACAUUUUCAAACUGUUACCGGAAAGAAGGGGUUGUGACUUUUGAUUAUUUCUUUUCCUGUGUAUAAAAGUAAUAAAAUAGCAAGCUCGGGCGCCUUUAUAAGCUUUAGGACAGGCAGUUUUACUGUUGCGACUAGCCAAGUAUGUCGAAAAUGGCGUCUGAAGAGACAAGCAAAAGAAACCUUCUUGGAAGACAACCGGCUCGAUCUAUAUUGAUUGACAUAAGUUCCCCCUUUGACCAUCAUGUCUGUGGCACACUCUGUGACAGUCUAGAGAACCUGUUUGCUGUGGCAUGUGGUCUUGCAGGACCUUCACGUAUCCCAAUGGUCAGCAUCUUUUUGCUGACAGCUCAACCUGAGCUGUUGCUCCCUUUGUCCAGUUUGAAGGGUAACCUCUCGCGCAUACAGAAUGCUCUGAGAACAAUCAAAACAUCUGUGUCAGAAGUGGGGAAUUGUCUGCCCAGGCACAUUUCAUGUAUACCCCAGGCUGUACACCAAGCUACUGAACAGUUCAGGAGACAAGUGUGUACAUUCACUCAGCCAGGUCUGUCAAUGAAUCAGCUGGAGGUGAUUAUUCUUGGCUGUCGUAGUGGAGAGUUUGUAUCCAGGCAGAUUGAAGCAGUAUCUGACACUGUACACAUUCAACACCUCAAGCGUAUUGUAUGUGUGACGUUGACACCCCAGCUGUGUGGCAGCGAGGAUGGGUUGUUGGACAUAUCCAGUCAAGGUAGUGGUGUAUCCUCCACCAGCGUGAUCACAGGGUUGGUGGAUACUCUUACCCUUGAUGCAGAUUGUGUGAGUCUGCAGAAUUUCUUCCAUGGUUGGUUGACGGAUUGCGGCAGUGACAGCGAACACCUCCACAUUGUGUUGCCCUCCAAGUACACAGAUGGCUCGAGACUUGUGCUGAAGUGUGACCUGCAUGAAGGAAUCCUCAACCCUGCACAGCUACCAUACAACACAGCAUAUACCCUGCACCCUGAGAGUGCCACCUGUAAACUGGUGUUUGCCAGCACCAGCAAGGCAGCUGGUAUCACUGUCCCAGUACACAGCAUCUACAUCACAGCACUCAUUCACACGGCAGCAGUGUGUGAGUCAGUCAUAUUUGGCCUGCCUCUAAUGGUUCAACCAACUUCAUGCUGGAAAGUGGACUGGGAUGAUUUGGAGAAAAAUCAACAGAACUUCAAGGCUCUCUGUCAUCUACUCCACAAGAAGGAUAUGGUGAUGUUGGGUCAAAUGGAGCAUCCAGUGCAGCCUGUGAAGGCCUCCUCUCAUCCACCUCCCCCCUGUGGGUGGUUCAUUCUGCUGCCGGGCCCUAACAUCUCACUGCUGUUGAAGUCUGUGGCAGUCAGUGAGCUGCUGCUGCCGGCUGGGCCAGGGCAGGGGGGUGAGGAGCUGUCAGAGGACAGUGUGGACUUGCUGGCUGGAGUUCUGGAUCAGAUUGAUGUCCUGGAAACCUUCAACCCACUUGGCCUUACCUCGGGACUUUUUGACUCUCUCAAAUGCCAGACCAAGGGUAACAGGAGCAUGUCUCAAGCCAAGAAAAGAGAAAUAGAAAAGGAAACCUUCACAUCAGGGUGCUCAGGCCCACCUGUAAACAAGGUGCGUGGAGUGAUCACAGCGACCCCCUUCCCUCAGGUACCAUCUGCCAUCUACACAGCACACAGCACGCAACAACAACAACAGAAACAACACAGGCAACAUCGCACAAAGAAACCCCUCACAUCAUUCCUAACUGAGCUGGAGUGAUAGCUCUCUGAUUGUAAAUACCCAUGGAUAAAUGUUGUGAAACUCUUGAUAUUAUAUAACCCUAGGUGCGUGGAGUGAUCAUAGCGACUCAAAUCAGUCUGUAAUAAAUAUCUCAUCUUGAAAUGUUGUUUGUUUAUAAAGUGAAGUGUAUCUCUUCUCAGAAACUAAAAGACACUGCAAUGAGACAUGGAGCAGUGUAAUAAGGUUCAGGUUGGAUGGCAUAUUUUUGAAUAAUUAAACUUAGUUUCUUAUUAAAAUUGAAUAUAAUUAAAUUAUAUAAGGUAUCACAUUGAACAAGAUGAAACUGUAUGCAGAUUAUAAGUAUUUAGGCAUCAUCAUCUAUAUUCAUCUUUAAUCAUUAUUGAUGAUGUUGCUAAAAUAGAACAUGAAACAUCAUGAGUUGCUGCUUUACCAGAAGUGGUGACUCUAUGCACGAAUGUAUGUUACUGACAUGGUAUUCCUAAAUAAAGAUUAAAUAUUAUUAUAAUCAGAUGAUACUGUUCUCUCAUAUGGACCAUGCCACAUUUCACAACCAGUUAACAACAACAAUGUCAUUACUUUGUGUCUAAAGAAUUAGUUUAGCAAUAUUUCAGUUUGAAUGUACCUAGGAGCAAAAGUAUGUUGGUGCAAAAAAUAUUGUUCAUAUUUUACAGAGAGAAACAGAUGAAUUGAUUUUAUUUUGCAUAUUUCAAACCUUUCUUUUUAAUUCUUUCAUUGGUAUUUGAUUUCAGUGGCCUAUUUGUAGAAGUUUUAAACAAAAAAAACCCUUGAAUCAUCUGCAGUUAUCCCCAUGGCAACCUACAUUCUUCUAUUCUCUCUAUAUAUAUGUACUCCCUGUCCAUAAAUUUAUGGACCAAAUCAACCCUGACAACAUUUUACUCCUAUUAUUUUGAUUCAUGCAUCCAGGAGCUUUGGGUAACCAAGUGGUUAACGUGUUUGCUUGUAAUGCUGAAAACCUGGGUUUAACUCCCCAUGUGGGUAAAAUAUAUGUAGAGCACAUUCUUAGUGUUGAUUGUCAUGAUGUGGAUGUAUUAUUACUAGCAAAACCCCCAACUCAUUAAUUCACUUACAUAAAGGAAGAGAAAAAACAACUUUCUAAAUGAUACAUGUGUCUUUUUAAGCAAUGGUCACAUUGACUACACAGAAAAGGUUAUAUGUCUCAGGAAACCAUUUGAAAAGAAGUUUAUUUUUUUAUAGGUCAUGUAUCAGCAGAUAUACGACACCAAAUUCUCUUAUGUAUAACAACAAGCUAUAUGGCUGCUACUUGAGAUCUCUAUCAUAACAGAUUAUGACUGCAACUCUGGAUUCACUGAUAGGCAUGUGCAGGGCAUAUGACAAGUGUUUCUAUUACCUAACUGGCAUAUCUUGUCAUAUGUGAUUAUGAGAUUGACGGCCUGCAGGUCCUCAUCUGUUUUCUUGUUCUGACUGACAGAGUUAAGGACUGAUAUUGAUAGAACAAAUCCUAGUCGACGAGCCUAUGGCCUGUAAAAAGUCACAAGUCACGUUGUUGCAAUUACACACCUGACAGCUUGUAGCUGAAUGCAGUUAGUUAUAACAUCUAAGGCAAAAUUAAUAGCACGACUGAUUGGAACUGUUCAAGCGACAAUUCCACCAACAUCAACAAUGACCAGAAAAGCGGAUUGCAGCAUCUUUGUGUGAUUAAUAUAAAGCUUACAGAUGUAAUCUCAUUUACAGAAAAAAGACUUGUGAGUGGCCAUUCCUUGUAUCAAAGAGACUUAGUAACCUUGAUGUGCUCACUCUAAUCAAUUUGACAUCAUUUAAGCUCAUUUCAUCCUACGUCAGUAUAAGUCAUGGAUUUGUGGUUGGUCAUACCGCUGACCUCAACCCCUCUUGUUGUCUCUUCAGAAUUGGAUUAAUAGCCGAUUGAACACUCGAUUUACGCAGAGCUCAGCCUCAUAAGAAGACCAGAUAUGUGGCAGUUUUAUUACUUCCUAUACAAUUAUUUCAGUGGAGAUAAAUGUUUUCUAUUGUAUCUUGCACUUGUGAUUCUGCACCAAAGCAUUCCUUUAUUGAAAGAUAAUGAACGGCAUGUGGUGAGCAGGAAUAAGCCUAACGAUUGAACAGAUGACUUAUUGCUUCACUAAAGUAAACCAUCUUAGAUACAUAUAAUCCGUCAUGGCACUCCAAUUAUUUAUACAUGAGGACUGGCCUUUACUGCUGGACCGAUGAAACUUUAACUUAACAUUCGUGUUCACAGCAAGCAUUACCCCAAAGUGUGUUUUAUCCUAUUUGGUGAAGCAACCACGAGGUGACUUUGAAAAUAUUCGUCAGCUCACCAAGACAACAUGUCUUAUGUCUGAAAGCUGGUAACUGAGUUGACUUUACUGAAGCCCAACAGGUUUAUUCUUCAUUUUUUACAUGUGUUCUUGCUUCCCAAUGUAAUAAAUUAAUUGCAAGCGAUUCCGUGGCAUUUGAAAAAAAUAGGCCACGCCGACUAGCAAACUGAUUUGAUGAAAUAAAAUGGAUGCCUUGUGUUACA